AUGUUUCUCCAACGCCUCCCCGCAAUCCUGGUGCUGUACAAGCUCACGCCAAAAAGUGUGCAAGAACUGGAAGGAGACCUUGAGUUGGCGCGGUUUUUCUCUCUUGAACAUGCCCGCCACCUUUUCCCCAAGCUCGGAGAAGGGGAUACUGAAGAGACUAAUCUCAUCCGUGCUUUUUUCCCUAGUUCUCGCGCGGUCUACACGAGGGCCAAAGCAUCUGGGACCUACCAAACCCUCACGAUGGGCGAAGUAGCGACUGCCAAGGAGGAGAGCACAUCGAGCUCCAGUCAGCUUUCUCGAGGUCUGAACCUUGGUCACGGAAAACGAGCAUCCAUUUUGAGGAUAGCGGAGGCGAACAAGUGUGAUCGUAAUUAG